UUUACCAAUGAAUUAUUCCGAGUGACCAAAUCCACCCUCCCCCACCUCACCUCACCUCAGUUGACUCUUUUUCUCUUACUCAGCCGUCUUAUUCGUAAUUACCUUUUCUUCUUUGUUAUGUUCGGAGUUGAUUCCUAUUCAUCACUUGCAAUAAAAACGCUUCUACAUAUCCAUUCAUUCCUACCUUCUCUACCUAGCCGUCUUCUAUCUGCUUCUUGGUUUGUUUGUUUGCUUGUUUGUUUUUUCUUUUUCUUCCCCUUUGUUUUUCUAACAAAUCAUUCUGAUGAUCUAGAAAUUUUGGGGCUUGGCUUGUGUCUUUACUUAUGAUGUUGGGCAAAAGCUUUAGACAAGUUGCGGUGACAUAUCAUCACCAUCACCACCACCAUGGAAAAGAAGUCAUUACCAAAGAUAUACCAAAAGGGUGCAUGGCAAUCAAGGUUGGUCAAGGCGAAGAGCAACAGAGAAUAACGGUGCCCGUGAGUUACCUCAACCACCCACUGUUUUCUCAGCUGUUGAAGGAGGCGGAGGAAGAGUAUGGUUUUGCUCAGCAGGGAACCAUAAUUAUACCUUGUCAAGUGCAGGAGUUUAAGCAUGUUCAACACAUGAUUGAUAGGGACAGGUCACUCCAACAACAACAACAACACCACCACCACCUCGUUGGCUGCUUCAGGGCUUGAUCACAUAUAGCUCUAUUAGAACUUCCAAGUCUCUAGGUUAUCUAGUGGAACUUUAGGCUAUGUAAAUUUCGCUUGUUUCUUUAUUAUUAUGGACAGGGGAUAGGUCCCUGAAAAUUCAUGUAUAUGAGCUAGAAAACGAUGAACAGAAAUUUAUUGCGUGCAAUUGUAAAAAUUU